AUGGAUGUAACAUCUGAGCAUGAAUUACCAGUGAGUAAGGAGGAGCGAAUCAAACUAGCGUUGUCAUAUAUCAAAGAACAAUAUGGUGGGGAUGCUCCCAAUUUGAUGUGCGUUGAUAAUAAUUCUAGGGAAAACGGAAUUAAGGUCACGAAGUAUGACAAGGCUCAGGGAGGACCGACUAUUAGGCAGAUCGCGAUGUACUUCAAGAUUCCCAAGAGUACUCUGUAUGACAGAAUGAAAGCUUAUCGGGGCCAGAAACGACAAAGGGCACCAACUAGAAUGCGAGCGCGAACACGAACACAAACCCAGGCCCAGGCCCAGACCCAGACCGAAGCUCAAGUUCCUGGAGUUCCUGGUAUCCCUAUUAAUUUAUCCUCGAUUAAGAAGCAGCAGCAGCAAUUCGAAGAAAUGGAUCAAAUACAAAAGGAAUUCACACACACCUCUCAAAUGAAGUUUAGUCCCGAGAUGGAGCUUCUUAUUGUCAGAAAUAUUCAGGGAUACGUCAUGGCGUAUGGGAAUUUACCGCUGAUAUCUGAUUUACGGGAAUGUAUAUCGCUGAUCACAAGAACUAAAACCUUUGGUAAUAAAUGGAUAUCUGGGUUUAUACGAAGACAUGCUGAUGAGCCGAUCUACGGAAAUACAGGCACAACGGUACCUAAUGCUACAUUCAAGGAUUUCAAGCUAUGGAAGAACAAACAAAGCCAGUUAAACACCAUAUUUCUCCAACAGCUACAAAAGCGGUUGUGCAUUUGUGAUCGUUUUCAGUACCUAUGCAUGUAUGAAAUACGGCAGGCAGAUCCAGCUACGAGCGUAAAACAUGUAAUACUGGCACUCGACGUAAAAAUUUUGGAAACUGAUUCUGGGAAAAAGGACGUUUCCGUAGAAUUGUUGUGCGAUCCCGUUGUCGUAGAUAUCGGUGCCAUGGCUCUGCCGAGUUUAGAUUCAACAUCACACCCAGGUCACCCUGGUGAUCCUCUAUUACACCUUUUGCAUUCCGUCCUGAAAUACAUCCCAGCAGAAGAAACACAGUUGAUCAUCUUGGAAGGAUUGACUCAUCUCGAGCAUUGGAGCUGGUCCCAAUGCAUCGAACUCGUAACAAAAUACAAACUCAAUAAUAAACUAUUCGCUGUUCCCUGGGGGAACCAUAUACUGGCAAAAAGCCUACAAUAUAGCUUGCAGGACACGCUUCUCUCGAAAGUUACAUCAUCUCAACUCUCUCCUGCGUCCCGCAUCCUAAAAGAACUAGUCAACAACUCAACAAAUAACUCACAACUCCAUCAGCAACAUCGGAAUCAUCAGAACCACCAGAACCACCAGAAUCAGCAUCAGCAUCGUCUCGUAGAUCCUAAAGACGCGCUUCAAAAAUUACUCGACACCAUCUGUAAGAACGAGUCUCGUCUCUAUAGAGAACUACACAAUCCAGAAAGUCGCAUCACCCUAUGUGACAUUUUUAACCAGGUGCGCGUCAUCUCGGAAUCUCUAUCAUCAUCAUCCUCCUCCUCCUCAUCAUCAUCAUCAUCAUAG